GCAUCAGUCUACCGUUUUCUGAUCCUUCGAUUUGGUUGCCCGGCAUGACGAUUGAUGUCGCCAAAGUAAAUCGACCCCAACGUUCUGGUUUCAAACAGCAGCGGUUGAAAGCAUGGUCACCUCUGCUAACAGCAGGAACUAUGAUCAAGUUCUUUGUGGGCACCGGAAUCGCCGCUACAGUGAUUGGUGUUGUUCUCCUCGUAGGAAAUAAAGAGCUACAAGAGUACCAGUUCGAUUACACCAACUGCAAGGCGGUGAACACCAAUCGGACGUGCGCUUCGAUCCUCCAGAUCAACCCUCGGCUCUCUUGCAUCUGUCUGGAACCCUUCCAGUUACCACAAGACAUCGUGGCGCCUGUGCACAUGUAUUACAGCCUGACGGACUACUACCAGAACUUCCGAACCUACGUUCAGUCACGUGACGAUGCGCAACUGUUAGGCAAGCCUUGCCACGUUCGCUAUCACUGCGCCCCCUACAGGCGCGAACCCCACACCAGGAAGUGCUACUACCCCUGCGGUAGCAUCGCCAACAGUAUCUUCAAUGACACCCUACGACUGAAGUACAAGACGGAUAAACCACACACUAUUCGAGACGUGCCGCUCAACUUCAAAGAGAUCAGCUGGCCGACUGACAGGGAGCUCAAGUUUCGAAUAGCACCUGGUAACGCCUCAAGCAGGACGGUGAAGCCCCCCGACUGGCCAAAGCCCGUGGACGAGAUUCCGGACGGAAUCCAGAACGAGGCCUUGAUCGUCUGGAUGCGAACGGCUGCGCUUCCAACCUUUCGCAAGCUGUACGCCUUCAUCGAUCACGAGAGCAAGAUAGACUUCAACAAGGUUCUCCCAAUGGGAAAAUACUUCCUCAAUAUUCGUUACCAAUAUCCCGUGUGGCAGUUUGGCGGACGCAAGAGACUCAUUCUGUCCAAUGCCAACUGGAUGGGCUCUCGAAAUCCUUUCAUGGGCAUGGCAUACGUUUGCGUGGGAGCCCUGUGCUUAACCUUCUCGGUCAUCUGCGUCGCGAUACACAGACGUUUUGGAUCCAGAAAGUACCAGAUGCCUCCACUCUCAGCGCAUUGGCUAAAAGAGAAUACCAGGCCUCCGGUUCCACCGCUUCCAAGCCUGCAACCACCUACAACCCCAGUACCACUGAUUCCUGCACCAGCGCCACCUACUCCGCGGGCUUCCGCCGCCCCGCAACUUUUGCAGCGGACUCGUCCACCAUAUCUCGCACAACGAGCUCCUGCCCCUGUUCUUCACUUGCGCGCACCUUCAACCGCGCCUUCAGUUCCUGCAUCUCCUGCACCACUCCCUACCGUGCCGAGACUAGCUCCAGCUUACGCUGCGCGGACGCCUGCUCCUCUGCAUGUCCCUCCACCAGGAACGUGACAUAUGUUCUCUUCAUGUGGUGGAAGUCGUGAUGACCCCAAGGCGUUGCUAUUACAGCGCGAAUUAUGUUUUAAUUUCUAACGGUAGCGUCUUUUUAAACCGCACCGGUUUUUGUACUGCAUUACUCAUAAAACCACUCUCUUUAUGAA